AUGUCCAAGCAUGCAACACUCAUCAAACCUCCAAAGUCACUCCCGCAUCACUCUCCCAUCGAGAACGUCCUCUCCCUCCUCCCGCUCAUUGACAUAGGUCCCGACAUCUACACCAACGCCCGCCCUCUGUGGCAUCCUCCUGGCGCACGAGGCAUCUAUGGCGGCGCCGCCAUCGCUCAAUGUCUCUCGGCCGCACAGGCCACGAUCCCACCCGAUUUCACAGUCCACAGCAUGCACUGUUACUUCGUGCUGGCCGGCAACAGCGAGAUCCCUAUUUUAUACCACGUGGAGAGAGUCCGGGACGGGAAGAGCUUCAUCACACGGACCGUGCAAGCGCGACAGAGAGGCAAGUGCAUUUUCACGACAACACUGAGUUUUAUGAAGGAGGGCUCCGGCGGGAAAGAGACGGUUCAACAUGCGGUCCGAAUGCCCCCGGACGUCAUCAUACCGCCCGACGUUGACUCGGACCGCCAGCACGUGGGCUCGGACGACCGGCCAUUCGAGUCGGUGCGCGUCCCCAUCACCAACCGCAGUGGGCCGCCAUCGGAGCGCAAAUUGCGACAAUGGAUCCGCGCGCGCGGGCGCAUCUCGGACUGCCCGCCCAACGUGCGCGAAGAGGAACUGCAGUCGGGCCAGAGGGCCAACCAGCCGGGCGACAACCACCAGGCCCACCUGAGCGCGCUGGCGUACAUGAGCGAUUCGUACUUUAUCGGCACGGUCGCACGGGUCCACAGCCUCCAACGCUUCGCCAACCGCCACAACAUCGAGCGCACGCUGAAAAACUUCCGGGGCUCGGAGGAAGAGAAGAAGGAAAUGCGGAAGUACCUCGAAAUCAUCGCCAAGGAGGAAGAGGAGGAACACGCCGAGAUGGCCCUCGUCAAACGGGACGAACGCCGCAUCGGCAUGAUGGUCAGCCUGGACCACACGAUAUUUUUCCACAACCCGAGGGCGUUCCGGGCGGACGAGUGGAUGUUGACGGAGAUGGACAGCCCAUGGGCCGGCGAUGGGAGGGGAUUGGUCAUGCAGAGGAUCUGGAGCAAGGACGGGGUGCUGAUCGCCAGUUGUACGCAGGAGGGUGUUGUCAGGCUGAAUCAGAAUCCCACGGACAGUAAGUUGUAG